AUGUCCUGCCAGCAGAGCCAGCAGCAGUGCCAGCCCCCUCCCAAGUGCCCCCCCAAGUGCCCUCCCAAGUGCCAAACCCCCAAGUGUCCCCCCAAGUGUCCCCCGAAGUGUCCUCCCGCGUCCUCCUGCUGCAGCCUUGGUUCUGGGGGCUGCUGUGGCUCCAGCUCCGGGGGCUGUUGCAGCUCCGGGGGUGGCGGCUGCUGCCUGAGCCACCACAGGCCCCGCAGGUCUCUUCGACGGAGGCACCAGAGCUCGGGCUGCGGGGGCAGCAGCGGGGGCAGCAGCGGGUGCUGUGGCGGCAGCGGGGGCAGCAGCGGGUGCUGUGGCAGCAGCGGUGGCAGCAGCGGGUGCUGUGGCGGCAGCGGGGGCAGCGGGUGCUGUGGCAGCAGCGGUGGUGGCAGCAGCUGUGGCAGUGGCCAGCAGUCUGGCGGCUGCUGCUGA